AGUAGUUAAGUGUCAAAUUCAGCUGGAACGUACUGUAUGUUGCACACGUUUUGAAAAAUUUCUCUUGUAAAUUUUAUAGGUCCACUUUAAUUAAGUACAAUAUAAAGUGUAUAAACUUUGUGUGUUAAAAGUGUAAAAUAGUGAUAAUGGCGCAAUCACCCGCAGCUGUAGCUCCUCCUAAGGAGCGCUACGUGCCGAACGCGCUUAAAUUCGCUUUCGGCGGCCUUGCCGGUAUGGCAGCGACAUGCGUCGUUCAGCCUCUAGAUUUGAUCAAAACUCGGAUGCAAUUGAGCGGUGGUAGUCGAACCUCUUUUGCUGUUGCUGGAGAGAUUGUGGCCCGAGAAGGCUUUGUGGCACUAUACACUGGACUGUCGGCAGGCUUGCUGAGACAGGCCACUUACACAACCACACGUCUCGGAGUCUACAACUACCUUUUUGAUUCAUACAAAGAGUGAGUACUGCAUAUUGAAUACUUUACACAUUAUAUUUAGAUAGAAUAUUUAAACAAGUAGACUGUACUGCUUCUGCCUACUCUUCUUUAGAAUAAAAGCGUAUUAGAUUAAUUUUAUUAUAUUUGUCCAACAAAAUAAAUAAAUGCUACAAACAGAUCAAACAUUAUUCAAUAAUAGUGUACAUUGUCAGACAUCCAAUUACGAUGUUAUGCACUCAGUAACAAACAGCAUUGCUCCACAAGUCUGAACCUAACUACAAUAAAUAUGUUUCUGCCCUAAUUUGAGAAAUAUGAACAACAUCAUGUUAGCCUCGCAUCGCACAUAACUGGGUACUUGCAAACUAA